AGAUAAUGGAAGUCAAUGAAAACGAAAGUGGCUAAAGCAACAUGGUGGUUCGGUCAUUUCAAAGGAUCGUGUGUGGUGUUUCGGGGGGAGUUGACAGUGCUGUGUCAGCGUAUAUACUUAAACAGAAAGGUUAUGAAGUGAUAGGACUGUUUAUGAAGAAUUGGGAUGAGAAAGAUGAAAGUGGACAGUGCUCAACAGAUCAUGACAGAGAUGAUGCUAAAUUUGUUUGUCAGCAUAUUGGAAUUCCAUUCCAUGGGGUGAAUUUUGUCAAAGAAUACUGGAAUGAUGUAUUUAGUCCAUUCCUUAAAGAUUACCAAAGUGGCAGUGUCCCGAACCCGGACAUUGUGUGCAAUAGACAGAUCAAGUUUGGUGUGUUCCUGAGGCAUGCCCUGAAGCAGUUCUCAGCCGAUGCCAUCGCCACAGGACACUAUGCGCGGACAUCUGUCGGGGAAAACCUGCAAUAUAAGGAUUCCAACAUAGGUGUAAAGCUACUGAAAGCCAGAGACUCCUGGAAGGACCAGACAUUCUUCUUAUCACAGAUACCUCAGUCUGCUCUGCAAAGAGUGCUGUUUCCUCUUGGAGAUCUGCUGAAAUCAGAGGUCAAACACAUUGCUUCAGAGGUCGGGUUACAAAGGAUUGCUAGAAAGAGAGAGAGUAUGGGAAUAUGUUUUGUGGGCAAGAGAAAAUUUCCAACUUUUAUAGGAGAGUACAUUGAGCCAAGACCUGGCAAUGUGAUUCAUGUGGAGACAGGAGAAGUGGUGGGAGAUCACCAAGGCAUUCAUCAUUAUACCCUAGGGCAGAGGAUAAUUCAUGUUAACCACGGUCGAUUUGGGAAAUGUUUUAUCGUAGAUAAAAACAAUCUUACACAGGAUAUAAUAAUUGCUCCAGGAACUAAUCACCCAGCUUUAUUUAAUGAGGAAUUCUACACAACAUUACCAAACUGGAUAAACAAAGAACCGACAGGGUUUAGUGACAGUAAGAACUGUGAUUUAGAGUGUCGAUUCCAGCGGAAGGUGCUUCCCGUCCCUUGUAUUGUAAACAAAUGUAGCGGGGAGCAGGUGAGAGUGACACUAAGUGAACCAAUGCGAUCCAUCACACCAGGACAAUAUGCUGUGUUCUACAAUGGGGAAGAGUGCCUAGGAAGUGGGGUCAUCACACAAAAAGGGCCCUCCCUAUACGACCUUCAGCAAGGUCAAAAGAUCACACAUAACCAAAGGAGCACAUAAAAUUGACAAGGAGAUACUGAUUUUAAAGUAUUCUCAGCUGAUGAUGGGACUUGUCAGUGCCAGUUUCUAAAGGCUAUUUGGCUAUUUCAAUACAGUUUCUUAUUUAAAAUAAGAUUUCAGUCCGCAUGUGUAAUUAUGAUAUUUGUUUACAGAACAUGUUAAAGCCUACAAACAUUUUAAAA